AUGGCCGAGAAGAGGAAGUGUCGCCAAUAUUCGACGGAACACCUAAAAUUGAGAUUCAUUCCAUCUCCUUCCAACGUACAGCUUCCGUUUUGUUUUCUUUGUGAGAAAACAUUUUCAAAUGAAGCGAUGAAGCCUUCCCGGCUGAAAGACUAUUUGGUAAGAAUUCAUUCAGAUAAAGCCGACAAACCAGUAUCGUUUUUCCAAUCCUUAAAGGCCAAGUUUGAGGGUUGCAGUACUGUUGAGAAGUUAUUUGGAAAAUCGUCACUCAAUGCCGACAAGGGGCUCAUUUGUUCCUAUGAAGUAUCUUUGUUGAUAGCAAAAUGUGGCAAACCUCACACUAUCGGAGAAACACUGAUUUUACCAGCAGUGAAACAGAUUGUUGCCACCAUGCUGGGGCUCAGCGCAAGCACUUUUACACAAUCGAUUCCUUUGAGCAAUGACACCGUAUCAAAAAGAAUUGAUGAAAUGGCUGCUGAAGUGGAAGAAAUGCUUAUUGACACCUUGAAAAGUACAAAAUUCGUGAUGCAGAUUGAUGAGUCAACAAUUAGUGAAAAUGAAGCCUUGUUAUUGGCUUAUGUCCGUUUCAUCAACAGAAAUGAGGAGAUUGGGGAAGAACUGUUAUUUGCUCAAACUUUAGCCACCGACACAAAAGGUUCUUCGAUAUUUAAAAAGGUUGAAGAGUUUUUUAAUGAGAAAAACAUCCCUUUGACAAAUGUUAUGGCAUGUGCAACUGACGGAGCUGCAUCCAUGGUUGGACGAUAUCGCGGAUUUCAAGCUCAUCUAAAAUCAGUUCUUUAUGAAGAAAAUGACAAGGAGUUUGAACGUCUCCUUUUGCACACCGAAGUAAGGUGGCUUUCAAAAGAAAAGUGUUUGCGGCGAUUCCACAAACUUUUUGACACAGUUGUCGAAUUUCUUGAAUCCAUUAAUCCAAGUCUAAGCAGUUCUCUUAAACUUCAACAUCUGGCUGUAGCUUAUCUAGCUGAUGUUUUUGACAAGCUGAAUGAAGUAAACGUAAAGCUUCAAGGAAAUAAAAUCAAUUUUAUUAAGGCCAAAGGAGUAAUCUGCUCAUUUAUUUCCAAAUUGGACAUCCUUGCAAGCAAUAUGAGUCGCCAGAAGCUGUAUCAGUUCCCAAGCCUUGGUAAUGAACGUCAACUCCAAGCAGAAGAUUUGAACAUUUUUUUCUGCCACUUGAAGCAAUUAAAAGAAGAUAUGGAAACCAGAUUCUAUGAUCUGAGAAAUCUGGAAGUGCCCACUUGGGUGCUAAAUCCUGUCACAGCAGACUUUGUACAACUUCAUCCCAAACUGCAAGAGCCACUGACAGAUCUGAAAUACGACUAUGAAUCCCAAUCACAUUUUCAGAGUUAUGGCUGCGAAGCUUUUUGA